AUGGAGAAUCACAUCACGCACAUUUCCCGAGACGACCUGGAGGAUCUCAGAGACGCCUUUAAUAAGAUAGGUCAGUUUCACACACGCGUUUGCACACCUAACAUGACUCUUCAGCUGUAUUGACAGACAAUCUGACUUGAGUAAGAGUUUAACUGCUGUCCACUAAGUAUGACUGUUAUGUAAGAGAUUUUUUAUGACACCGGGUGUUGAGUGGAUGCACUUUGUGUCAGAGGCGUUUUCCAAAUGUAAUGAUGAUACGUUGCCAGUUUUUUAUCAGUAAAUCAUCUAAAGGGUAUAAUUACAAAAGGCUGAUAGUAAACAGGCAUGUCAAGAUACAAGGAGAGGAGAUAAACAAGUGAAGUGAGGGACUGUUUUCAUGCCACUAAUGCCACUUAUUUACAAGUACAUCCAAGCUACACCAGGGUCAAAGACGUCUCAGUCAAUACUAAUUUGCAUGUUAACAUUCAACCUUAAACUACAGCAGUAAGAUAAUAGAAGGAGGUCAGAAGAAGAUAUUGCUUUAAUGGGGUGCUGGUCCACCUCAGUUAACACGGUGAAGGGAUCACCUCUUGCAGCCCUGAUUCUCUGCAUGUCAGUCCCACUGUCUACUCUCACCAGAGGUGGGGGCUUGACGACUCGACUCAAGACUCGACUUGGACUUGAGUCCCAUUUUUGAUGACUUAAGACUUGCUUGAUGAAAUCAAGAAAUGACUUGGACUCGCUUGGGACUUGAUUGCUAAAGACUUGAGACUUGACUUGACUUGAGCCCAGUGACUUGAAAAGUCAAGACAAGUCUUUUCAAGUCACUUAAUACCUUAUAGCAAGCCCAAACUGUUUAAAAAGUGUUUUAAAAGUUAUUGCUUUUGGUUUUAAAUAUUACGAGGUGGAUGACAUCAAAGAGAAAAGAAAAGCCCAACGCAAGACAUGCAGUGCCAAAAUCAGCGACGGAAUGAAAACUACUUCCAACUUCAGUCGACAUAGCUGCAUUAUGUAACUUAACACAAACAAGAACCCUUGUUUAAUAAUAAAUGCAAAUAGUGAAAAAUGCUCAUGAUUGAUGUAAAUCUUUACAUAUAACAAAUGGUUUAUGGCUUUGAUAUGACGUGUUUUUGACUUGAAAGAAAUGGUACAGACUUGGUUGGGACUCGAAACAACAAGUUCAGGACUUGGACUUGACUUGAGACUUGUCUGUGUUGAUUUGGACUUGACUCGAGACUUGAGAGCAAAGACUUGAGACUCGACUUGGACUUGCAACAUAGGGACUUUCCCCCACCUCUGACUCUCACCCUUCCUGUUUCUCUUAAAUUGUCAAAUUAAAGGCAAAAGGACGCCCCAACAGCACCCCUCAAAAAAGUUUGGUUUAAUUUGAGUGGAUUACAGCACUUAAAUCUGAGCUGAAUGAUGCAUUCACUUCCUGGAAAGUGAAGGGAAUUUAGUUGCUUUUAUCACCUGUGUGCAAUGUUUACCAAUAAUUACUCGGCUCAUUAGUUUCAGAUUAUAUUUGUGCAGCAAAUUGACUUUCCAAAUCUGUGUGUUCAUUUCACCGUAUGUCUAUUUGUGUUCAGAUAUUGAUAACAGCGGCUUUGUGAGUGACUUUGAGCUCCAGGAGCUGUUCAGAGAGGCCAGUUUCUCCCUGCCGGGGUACAAGGUGAGAGAGAUCGUUGAGACCUUCAUCGCUGGAGACACCAACAAGGAUGAGAAGAUCAGCUUCGAGGAGUUUGUCUCUGUGAGUUCUCGAGUAAAUUUUAAGCUGAGGUUUGGCCUCAAUGUGCAGUGGAGUAACACAGCCUGUCCAUGUGCAGAUCUACCAAGAGCUGAAGAGCAAAGAGUUCAGCGAGACGUUCAGGAGAUCCAUCACAAGGAGGGAUGGGAUCCGUUCCAUUGGAGGAAUGUCACGAAUCUCCAGUGAGGGAACACAACACUCCUACUCAGGUAAGGGAGUGUUUUGGACUGGAUAUAGAAAAUAGACAAUGCCAUCAUAAAGUCUCCAUUUGGACUUCAGCCUGGAGAGGGUGAAGCUAGGUUAGCAAAUACUAUCAAAAAAGUCGUCUUUCAACAAAACGUGUAACCUAAAACACAAACAGAACCCUCCUUACAGUGUCUUUUAUUUCAGUUGGAAGCUAAAUAUUUUGACUUGAUAACCUAUCAAUCAUAGGGCAGCCAUGUCCUCUUAGAUACCCAGCUUUAUUGUCUUUUUGAUUGUUACUUGGGCCAUAAUUUAGGAAAUGAACACUGUAUUAGAGAAUUUGUAAGACGCAAGACUAUAAACUCAUUAGGAAAAUAGUUACUUGGGUUGGAAAUUGGCUGUAAAGUAGGAGCAUAUUCUUUUUGACUUGGAUUUUGUAAAAUAAACCCCCCCCCAAAAAAUGCAACUGAUAACAGUAUAUGUUUUUUCUAUUUCGUUAUGCAUUUUUUGGCUGGUGCGACUUAUACUCUGGAAAACACGGUAAUACAUUCAUUGUGUGUGUGUGUGUUAGAUGAGGAGAAGGUGGCGUUUGUUAACUGGAUCAACAAAGCUUUGGCGAAAGAUGCGGACUGUCAACAUCUGCUGCCAAUGAACCCAGAGGAUGGAAGUCUCUUUGCCUCCGUCCGUGAUGGCAUCCUGUUAUGGUAACAAACAUACACAAACACAGAAUUUCCCAAUAAAAACUGUAGAUAAUAAUAAUAAUAGUAACAUCAGAAAAGUGUGUAGUUAAUCACAUCCAUGUAGUCAGUAUUAUCAAGUUUUACUGUCUGUCUUUAAGAUGAUUUUUGAUUUUUUGCCAAUAAAAAAAAAUAUAAAAAUGAGAUAUGGACCCUUAAAUCAACUCCUUCUUCGAAAGGGUAACACAGCACAAUGUUGACGUUCACUAAAACAUUGUAUGACAGUGAUAGUGGGGAUUAUCUUUGUGUUAUUUCUGCUAAAACUGAGGCUAAAGCGGGAAUGGGAUGAUCUCAUUUGUUCUAGUUUUAUAAAGAUUACCCCCUCCUCCUGCUUCUCCUGAGUUUUAAUCUCAUUGAGCGUUUUAUCCCAUGACAGACAAAUAUGUGAUACAGAUCUGAAAUAACAACAGGAAAAGUGUAAGAUAUCAGCUCACAAUCUCUGUUCUCUUUCAGCAAAAUGAUCAACCUGUCUCAGCCCGACACCAUCGACGAAAGAGUCAUCAACACAAAGAAACUCACCACCUUCAAAAUGACAGUGAGUAUAUCUCUUCUUGGCUUGGUUCCUCCCUUCCUGGUUUUAUGAUGGUUUUAAAGAUUAUCUUACCACUUUUUCCAAAGCUGUGAGGGAUAUCAGGAGAGAUUUUACUUCCUCUGAUUUGCUCACAAGUUAAGCUGCAUUGAUUUAAAUCGUGAAUAUUUAACCGGGGGUUUAAGGUCAGCCUGGGAUGCGCUCUGUGGAUUAUCAUGUGUCAUCAGAAAAGAAUGAACAACUUGGGUAUUUGUUAAAGCAACUGAAGUGUUUACACAAAGUGACACAAAUGGGGUUUAGCAGAAAUCACAUCUGCAAUGGAUGGACCGAGUAGCCAAGCUUUAGCUUUUGAGUUACUGAAACUGUAGUGCGCCAAGUUUACCCUGAAGCCAUAAAUGACCCGGAGGACUUUGGAGGUCAGGACUUGGCCGGCCCAAGCCUUGAUGGGGCCCUGAGCAAAAUUUGAUUUUGGGGGCCUCUACUUCUGCCAGUAAUAUUGAUUGUUGAUCAUUCACACACCUUCACAAAACUCUUUGAUUAACAUUCCGUGACAUGCAAACAUACCUUUAUCUUAUAUACCUUUAUCCUCAAAACUAUGUCUUUUUUUGCGACAUUGUUUUGCUCCACAACUACCUGUGCUUGUGAUGCUCACUGCACAUUGCACAGCAGAAAGCACAUAAUGGUAGCAGAGCUUUGACAUAUCAGUUGUAACAAUCAUAGGCCUACAUUAGCAGCAGCACUAAGAUGUUUUUACUUUAUUUUAUUUUUACAAUAAUAUAUAUAUUUGAUCAUACAGGAAGCAUCACUCAUACAUGCAAAAAAUAAAAAUAUUAUUAUACAUAUUUAUUUAUUGCUCUUGAGGGCACUUAGUUUGCUUAUGUCUUGGGCCAGCUCUGGCCUUGCGGUUCAAGUGUGCCCCACUUAGAGCUGUGUUAGGGGUUAGAGCUGUCAUGAAAGUAGUUGCUGUUCAACUCCAGGUCAUGACCCUUUAUUACGUGUCUUCUCUGACUCUCUGUUUCCUGCACUCGCUGACUGUCUUACAGUGUCCCAUCCAAUGAAAGCAAAAAAAGACAAUGACGAACAAAACGGUUAAUCUGGCAAUGUAUGAAAUGUCCAAUAAAACAUUAACACUUUGAUUCUGGUCUUAUAAAACCAAAGACUGGCUGUAAAAUCAUGCUGGACUGUAUAAAAGAGCUUGUAAUACAUUAACUUUACACUGCACACUUCCUGUAUGUGCUUUUUUAUGUGAUUCUCUAAUUGCUGCAGAAAAAGAAAGUAGAGAAGUCAAAGUCUUGUGAUUUUUUUUUUUAACUAGAGUCAUUUUAAUCCAUUCAAACAUCCGUAUUUUAAAGACUGUGAACCCCAGAGCCACAUUUGGUGUCUGAGUGAGUUAUUAUUUGGCAGAUUUAGGACUGUUACUUCUCCAAGCUGUUAAAACAACACAAUGGGUGAUUUAUGCUGUUUGGCUAUAAAAAUCUAUACUUCUGAGCUAUAACCAAAGUGUUGAUUUACAACUUUAUUUGCACUUGUAGGAGAAUCUCAUCCUUGCUCUGAACUCAGCUUCAGCAAUUGGCUGCAUGGUGGUGAACAUUGACGCCCAUGAUCUGAUGGCCGGGAAACCCCAUCUGGUCCUUGGACUGUGCUGGCAGAUUAUCAAAGUUGGCCUUUUUGCUGACAUUGAAAUCAGCAGGAACGAAGGUCAGCACAAACACGCACAACUACAGUGACUUAAAAGAUUAGCGCGGUCGACCGCAUGGUUUUGUUCUACAUUUGGAGAAGUUUGAAGCUUAGCCGAGCAGAAUCAGAAACCUCAGGAAGAAAUCUUUGCAGAACCUCCACAUGGAGCGAUCAAAGGCCUGUAAAUGAGCCUGUUUAAUUAAAGAUAUGUUUCUCCAGGUCUGAUAGGCCUCCUGGCAGAUGGCGAACAUCUGGACCGCCUGAUGUCUCUCUCCCCUGAGGAGCUGCUCCUCCGCUGGGUCAACUACCACCUGAGAAACGCAGGGACAAAAACCAUCAACAACUUCAGUGACGACAUUAAGGUCCUCUUCAGAUCAAACUGAACGCACAAACACAGUCUUUUAUCACAGAUACAGAUGUGUAACCGCCUCUUGUACUGUGUCAUGGCAGGACUCACAAGCCUACUUCUACCUGCUGGACCAGAUCGCUCAGAAUGAACAGAAGGACUUCAAAAAGAGCGUCAAAAUCGACAUGAGCGGCCUCAAUGUGAGUCAGUUUGUCCGCAUAUAAACAUAGAAAUGUAACUUUCCAUUCCCAGACUUUGUCGAUUUCUCUUCUCGUGCAUUUGUGCUUUAUUUCUGUGUGUCUGAAGGUGUACGAUCUGGACAGACGGGCUGAGCUGAUGCUGCAACAAGCGGCUCGCCUGGACUGCAGGCAGUUCGUUUCGCCUCACGACGUCACGUCUGGAAACAGCAAACUCAACAUGGCUUUUGUGGCCAACCUGUACAACAGGCAUCCAGGUCUGCAGAGGACCCACAUCAGCAACGGCCUGGAGAAUGAACAUCUUGAGGGUAAGACACCAUGCAGACACACUGAAUGUGCACUAUAAUGUGGCUGGAUGAGUGCUAGCCCAAUAAAGAGUCCAAGAAAUAAAAUCUGCAGGGUGUGAGGAGUUAUGGCAGCAAUAAAUCUGUGUUUACUGUUCAACAUGAAACAUUCUUAUCAGGUGAUUCUAACCAUGUGGGAGCAGCUGCCAGAAAACGUGACGGUGUUAAUCAUUUCAUAUUCAUCAUUUCAUUCCAGCUGAAACCAAAGAAGAGAAAACCUUCAGGAACUGGAUGAACUCUCUGGGCGUUUCUCCGUAUGUCAACUACCUGUACAGGUAAGUCACCAGUUUGGCAUCAGGGUGGAUUAUCUUUAUCAAGGGAGGGGAUGUUUACUUAACAUUCACCAGGAUGGGCAGGACGUUUGUCGUCCAAAAAUCAUGUAAACGUGGUUUUUAAUGCUGGUUAUGAAACAGACUGAAAUUUGAAGAGACGCCCCUUUAUGACCCACAAACAGCAACAAGACAGACUAUGUUUACUGUGUGUUGUAAUAAUUGAUACCUGUGACCACUGAGGGGGGGUAGAUGCAAGUCUUAAUGAUUGACUCCAGUCGACUGUAACAGGUUUUAUUAUACAUUGUCCUGGUUAAAGAUUUUCAUUGAUUGAUUCAUUUGACUAAAUAAGGUAAGCAGAGCGGGGAAACACUGGAUAGACAUUUACAGGUUUAAGGGUCAAACACACCGUAACACUGAGUUAGACACCCACUCGAGAGAUGAAUGUUGCCGACCCCUUGCUUCUCUAGUUAUACCAACUUUAGUAACGACCGCACAAUAGCAAUACACAGCGGUCUGAGGAGCCAUAAACAAACCUCAACCAUAACGCUACUCUAUAGACACAAAUAAUGCUAAGAACAGCACCUAACUUCAUCGACAGUACAUAUAGGGUCCCAGCUACAGAACUAGCCACCAAACAUCUUUUUAACUUUGCCUGAUUUCUUUAGCAAAGAGACCAAACACAACUCACCUACUCUCCGCUUGUUUGUAGCGAGACUUCAGAUCAGUCCAUCGACUGACUGCAGCGGGGUGAUGCAGCUCAAGGAAGAACAUGUUGUUGAUGGCUCCUCAGACCGCUGCGUAUUGCUAUCGUGCGGUUGUUACUAGAGUUGGUAAAACUAGAGAAGCAAGCAAUUGGCAACAUUCAUCUCAUGAGGUGGUGUCUAACUUGGAGUUAUGGUGUGUUUGACCUUAAAUUAAUUUUACAUCAGAAUAUCCCUUUAAGGUCAGCUAAUAGAGAAGGGGAGAGUUAAAAUUGUCACUGAAAAGUCACACACAGGAGCUUUAAUCCAUAGUUUAAAAUCAGGUUAAAACAUUAAAUCAUACAACUUAAUUCAAAUUAUGUGUUUUGUCAAUUAUGCAUAUAUUUUUCCAUAUUUUGGGAUUUUGAUCUUUAUAAGCAAGUUUGCUUCAAAGUUUCCUCCCUUUUGCAUUUUUAUAAAGUUGCAGACCCUGCUCUUUUGUAUGAACCGCUCCACACUAAAUGAUUCUGAUGCUUGAUUACCACCAUGAUAUUAAGGUUAAUUAGGAGCCUUGAAGAUUAUCUCUGUUGUUGCUGUUGCUGUGGGUGAUAAUGGCGUUCAUAAAUAUUUUUCUAAAUAAGCUUCUGCAACGCCUCUAGCACUGCACGUCAGCACCUGUGUCAAUUUUUGACUUCAAGUCAUUAGUCAAGCUUACUGAUACUGAUCCUUCCUCUCUGGAUACUUGCUUGUGCUAUACUUACUGCUAGAUGUGUGUUGCUUUUUAUAAAAAGGUCUUAAUGAAAGUUUUUAGAAUAAACAGAACUCAACCAAUAAUGUGUGUGUUAAGUCUUGAAAAUGUCAAUCUAAAACACAUUUUUAGAUAAUUGUUAAUGCGAAUUUAGAACCAAUUUUUCAGUGACAUAGCUUAAAAAUUGGGAUUUUUACCCCUCCUGAAACUCCUGAAGCAUCGCCUUCAUUUCUCUAUAUUUACUCUUCUACAGUGACCUGAUGGAUGGUUUGAUCAUCCUGCAGCUUUACGAGAAGAUUAACGUGCCUGUAAACUGGAAGAAAGUCAACAUGCCACCUUAUCCGUACCUGGGAGCCAAUAUGAAGAGGGUGUGUGAAUGUCCUUACAGCUGGAGAGCAGAGAAAAAAAACAAGUCUGUGUGUAAAUAAAACAGACCAAACAAUGUUUUUCUUCUGAUUUCUAGUUGGAAAACUGUAACUACGCUGUGAAUCUGGGCAGGGAAGUGGCUCACUUCUCUUUGGUUGGUAUCGGAGGACAAAACCUGAAUGAGGGGAAUCCGCUGCACACCCUGGCUCUGGUCUGGCAGCUGAUGAGAAGGUAUGUGGCAUGCCUUGUUGUUUAUAUUGUUUGAUAAAGACAAGCUGUCCUCUUUAAAUUUAUGUGACUGGAUUAGAUAAAGAGUUGCUUGAAAUACUGGUUUGUCAUCCUCCAGAUACACAGUGCGUGUUUUGUCAGAUCUGGGUGAUGGAGAGAAAGUUCGAGAUGAGAUCAUCCUCAACUGGGUCAACACUACUUUAGGCCAGAAACGCACACACAAGGACAAGGACACACAAAUCAGCAGCUUCAAGGUGUGUAAAAGUGCAUGGUUUGUUAGUGUGUAUAUACACAAGGCUGUGUUUGCGUUUGACCCUGUUUUCUUUGGUUGACUGCAGGACCUGCGGAUCAGCACCAGUCUGCCUGUGAUCGAUCUGAUCGAUGUCAUUGCUCCCGGGACUGUCAAGUGGGAGAUGGUAAACAGAGGAGAGAGGGGGAUUCUGACGCCGGGUGAAAAACUCGAAAAUGCCAAGUAAAAGAUGAAAUAUCAAUAUAUUCUUUCUUGAGAAUUUCUGAAUUUCUCUUUAGAUGAUCGUUCCCUAACUCCCUCUGCUUCCUGUCCUCCUCUCUCAGGUAUGCACUCUCAGUGGCUCGUAAAAUCGGAGCUCGUGUCUACGCCCUGCCAGACGAUCUGGUAGAAGUGAAUCCCAAGAUGGUGCUGACGCUGUUUGCCUGCCUCAUGGGCCACGGUCUGAAAAAGGCCAACCGCUAA